AUGUCUGAUUAUUUCUGCCAGCGCUGGAAGCAUUCGUUAGCGCCAGAGAUCAAGAAAUGCGCCUGGAGUAGCGAGGAAGACCAAUUGCUCAUCAAACUGCAUCGGGAACAUGGUCCAAAAUGGGCAGUAAUCUGCGACUUUAUUCCAGGCCGCACCGACGACGCUUGCUCUAAACGUUACCGUGAGGCGUUGGACCCAGCGCUCAAGAGGGCCCCUUGGACACCCGAAGAGGAUGCGAGGCUGAUCAGCGCUUUUGAAAGGCUAGGCAGCUCAUGGGUACAGAUCGGACAGAUACUGGGAAGGGGUGGCUUGGAUUGCAGGAACAGUCCUGCUGCAACAUCGGCGCCGCUUUCCGCGCUCCCUGUCGAGGGACCGGAUUUAAUGAACAACUGGCCCCCGUACUAUCCCCCGGAAAUGUAUCCUUUGCCUUCGUCGGGAGAGUCGUCGCACACGCAUGUUAUCCGCGAAUCCACUCCAGAGCACCACGUUACGGUUUCCCCUCACGUAGCCCCGUUCAACUUCAGCUCCUCUUCGCUCAGCACUGCCCUGUCGGCACCACUGCGAUCCAAGCCCUUGCCCUCGGACAACUCGGAUGCCGUACGACCCAGUCAUCACCGCCCAUUGUUCCAUUCACAAUCUCAGCCCCAAUCUCAAGCAACUUCUCCUCUCAUCCUCAAUGGCACUAUCAAUACCAAUACCCAGGAUAUUGUUAUGUCGCAGGACGACACUAUCGAUACCACCAUGGACAAUACCGACAAUGGAUCUUUCCUAGGUUUACAGCAAUUCGACAACUUCAGUUUCACCGGACCGUUGCAAUCAUUGCCCUUCCCCUUCCCGAGCAAAGAUGUCACCUUUCCCGAACCCGCCAUUAACCACGCUGUGUCCCCUAUAUCUCCUUCAGUGGUCAACCUACCCGAACCACUCCAGUUCGGCGAAACGGAUCAACCUGCUACACAAGGUUCUUUGUUGUUCUCUGUCGCUCCUCCCGGGCCUAUCAGGACGAGGAAACCCCCUGUUCAGUCUCAGCGUAAGGCGACGCCGAGACUCUCUUCCACUUUGAGGUGUUCCGACCCGAACAUUCGUCCAUAUGCCUGUGGUUACGAAUCGUGUUGGUCAGAGGCGGACCCUAGUAAACGGGUCUGCUUUUACACUUCAGGAGAGCUGAACACCCAUAUCAAAGAGGUACACACAUCCGACAAGCCUGUUGAAUCUCCUUGGAGGUGCGGCCUCGAAGGCUGUAGACAGAAGUACAAGUCCGAGAAUGGUAUACAGUACCAUUUGCAAGCGUCCAAAGUUCACUUCCAGGACGCAGUGCAGUCCUUCCUAUCCCAACAUAGUACCGCCGCGGAAGCUUCACAAGAUCCUUCAUCUUCUCCCGGAAAAGACCCCGAGAAGAAACAAAGGCGGUAUAUGUGCCCUCGACCUGGAUGUGUCAAAGCCUUCAAGCAGGCAAGUGGGCUCAGAUAUCACCUUGCUCACGGCCAUCCUUCGUCUAAGCCCGUACAGAUAGCGGAAAUGCCUCCGGAAAUACGCAACGCUAUUCCAAAGCCUAUCCGGAAUCUGCGUCAGAAGUCUCCCGAAUUGCCGCCUGCCCUAACCACCGCCAUCUCCACUGCUUGAUCUGUGGCUUUUCAUGCUCACGAACCAGCUCGACUUUCCAGCGGUUUGACUACGACUAUUAUUUCUCGCAAAUUCGGACCUUCUUUGUCGCAAGAGCGCGUAUGUGCCUGCAGGACUUUGCUGUGUGUCGCCCUUUUCUUUCUGGCUUUGAUACAUUUGCUCCAGCGCUAUAAUUCUAACUCAUAUAUCCUAAUCUUUUUCGUCCAUUGGUUAUGAUUCCUUGUGUCCCAAAUAUCAUGUCACGAAAU